AUGACCAUCGCGGAAAGCACCAAAGUCGAACUUUUGGGUGGCAUGACAGGCGUGGCUGCCAUCGGAUGGGGCACCUCUCCGCAAUUCCGUUGCGCCAGCCUCUUGGUCAUCCCCAAAUUCUUGGGGAAAGAAGGACGGAUUUACAUUCUCACUUACGUGUUAGCCACUGUCUAUGAUGGCCCGGUGGCAAAUAUUCGUCAUAAUCUGGGCGAAGUGGUGCGAUCCAUCAGCUGCACCGUGGAACUGCAGAUCGAAAACUCCAAAAAAGCUUGGAAAAUUUCACUGGCCCCCAUGCGUAAGAUCCUCAAAGACAUGGUGAGAAGCAGAAAGACCUUGAGAACCGACUCCCAAGACGUUUCACGCUCCUUUACGGAGCUGAACGAGCAAGUGGCCAGCAAAGCCGGUUACGACGGCCGUUUGGUGCGCGGAGCCGAAGGAAGCGCCUCGACGCAGGAGGUCUACAAGGCGAAGACGCGGAUGCGCUGCGAAAGUAUCAUCCAGCAGGCGGUCAAGCGCUGUCAAAACUGGUUCAGCGCCAAGCAUCGCUCUUGCAUGAAGACGAUAGCGGUGCCCCUGGUCAACCACCUGCUCUGCAUCCCCAUGAAAUUCAGCUUCCUUUGCCAUCUGGCCAAGGUCAUGAACGCCUGGUGCCGAGACAAGAUCCCCGUGGAAGGGAACUUUGGCCAAACCUAUGACCGGGUCAAUGGCUCUGUGGACAGUUUAAACCAAGAUUUCACCGCCAGCGUUGUCAUCCAGGAGCAGCAUCAAGAGAUGCUGGUGGGGGCCAACCUGUCUUCGCACAAACACCUGGUGGAUAACGUCAACGAACAGGUAUCCGAGAGCACCCGACGCCUGGGCACCGCCGUGUCGAUGCUGCGUGUCCUGCUGUCCUGCACGUUUAUCCUCGUUUUCGCCUCGGCCUAUUCCUACACGAACAAGUACAACGAGGAUAUCCGGUUCGAUAAUCUCUACAUAUCCCGUUACUUCCGGCAGAUUGAUGCAAGGCGUCGAAAGCAGAAAAAACGGACGCUUCUGCCCCUGCGGCGGGCCGAGGAAAGCCGCGUCGUCGACCCGUUGCGCCUCACUUUCCAGCCAGCCGAAACCAAGAGCGUGAUGCUGGAGCUGCUCGGCUGCUUGCCCCCCUUGCUCUUCCUGUUGAUCGCCUGUGCCCUGGACUCUCUGCUCUACACCAUCUUCAGCACCAUCAGGAACCACUCCUUCAUCCAGUACUCCUUCCGCAGCAGUCACCACUUGGAAGUUAAGGUUGGCGGGGAAACCCUGAUGGCGCGUCUCCUCCGGAGCACCAUUGGAGCCCUGAACACUUCGUCCGAAAUGGUGAUGGAGACCAACAACUUGCAGUGUUUGCCCGAAGCGCGAGGGAUGAGCAAGGCCCAGUACGUGAACUGCGCCAUUCCCCUGGGCGGCCUGGUCGCGCUGUGCUUUCUGCAAGUCUACGUCUUCCGUAUCCGGCGGGUCAUCGCUGCCUUUUACUUCCCCAAGCGAGAGAAGAAGCGAAUUCUCUUCCUAUACAACGAGAUGCUGCGUCAACGCAUGGCUUUCAUCACUGUGCAACGGAAGCGCAUUAUCCUGUGCGCUCGGAGGCGCAAGAGAGUGAAAAAGCCCCUCGUGGAUCGGAUUGGACGCUGGUGUCCCUUUCUGAAGCGGUGUCUGCUCCGGCGAUGCAUUCUUUGCAACCGGCCCGAAUCCCGCAAUUCUCGCACGUGCCCGAACGCCGACUGCGAGACCGUCUAUUGCCGACUGUGCUGGCAAGACAUGGGCAAGACGUGUUAUGCCUGCAACCCCGACGAUCUGCUUUCUGAGGAUGACAGCAGUGAAGGAGGGACGGGCUAUGCCGAUUAAAGAGGCUCACGGUGGCAUUUUCCCUGGCUUCCAUGUUAGAUGCAGGCUGGUUUUUUUCAUUUCGGUAUAGAGGGUCCCUGCUU